AUGGCCAGCCUCAGCUCCCUCAUCCAGUCCGUCGUCGACAACGAGACUGGCGGCUUCGGCCCCUCGCCCUCGCACCUCCCCGUCCAGUUCGCCGACAUCCCCUACGCCCCCUUCUCCAAGAACGACAAGCUCGGCCGCGUCGUCGACUGGAACCAGGAGGGCGCCGGCACCUCGUCCGGUGGGCCCACUGGCGGCGCCGGUGCGUCCGGCCCGGCCGCAGGCGGCGCAGGCCAGCAGCGCGGCGGCAACAAGUACGGCCGCGAGCCCAAGGAGGCGUUCGGCGCCGCGUCGGCCGGCACGUUCGCCUACUUCCACGACGAGGACGAGGCGUCCUUCUCGGUCGUCGCCGGCGGCGCGUCGGCCAAGAAGCCCGGCCAGGGCCAGGGCGGCGGCCUCGCCGCUCGCCAGGGCAACCGCCAGGGCCAGCAGGGCGGCCGCCCGGGCCAGAACCGCCCGUUCCAGCCGGGUCAGCGCGGCGCGCAGGGCGCCCAGGGGCAGCAGGGUCGCCCGCAGCAGGGGCAGCAGGGCGGGCGGUACCAGAACAACGGCCGCCAGCAGAACGGUCGCUGGAACAACUGGGGCAAGGACGCGCGCGUUCGCGAGCCGUCGGUCCAGGUCCAGAGCGACUGGGUCCCGCUCGAGGACAUCGAGUUCUCGCGCCUCGCCAAGCUCCGCCUCGAGGUCGACGUCGACGAGGCUCAGACCCUCUCGAACCAUGGCUUCUUGUACGAGUACGACCGCACGUACGACAAGGUCAACACGAAGAACGACAAGCCGCUCCAGGUCGUCGACCGCGUGCGGUACAACCCGACGACGUCCGACGACCCGAUCAUGCAGGAGUACGCCGCCAAGGACAAGGCGCGCGUGUUUGUCACCGACAGCAUCCUGUCGAUGCUCAUGACGGCGCAGCGCUCGGUCUACCCGUGGGACAUCGUCAUCACGCGCGACGGCGACAAGCUCUUCAUCGACAAGCGCGACGGCGGUCCCUUUGCUUGCCCGUCGGUGCCACCCGCAGACUACCCGUCGGUCAACGAGAACGCGGCCGACCCUCCUCUCGAGAACGACAAGGACACGCUCAACUCGCCGUCGGCCCUGUCGCUCGAGGCGACCUACAUCAACCAGAACUUUGCGUUCCAGGUCGUGCGCGAGGACGCGUCGGCCCGGCACGAGCUCGAGCACCCGAACCCGUUCUACCAGGCCGACAUGGAGACCGAGCCGCUCGCGUCGUGCGCGUUCCGGUACCGCAAGUUUGACCUGUCGAUCACGGAGGAGGAGGAGGUGCACCUCGUCGUGCGCACCGAGGUCGACGCGUUCACGCAGCCGGCACAAGGCUCGGCCAACGCCGGGUCGGACGAGCCGUCGCUCAUCACGAUCAAGACGCUCAACGAGUGGGACUCGCGUGCCCAGGGCAGCGGCGGUGCGCCCGACUGGCGCACCAAGCUCGACAGCCAGCGUGGCGCCGUCGUCGCGACCGAGAUGAAGAACAACUCGAGCAAGCUCGCUCGUUGGGCCCUGCAGAGCGUCCUUGCCGGCGCCGAGCAGAUGAAGAUGGGCUACGUCUCGCGCGCCAACCCUCGCGACUCGUCCCGGCACACGAUCCUCGGCACGCAGUGGUACAAGCCGCGCGAAUUCCUCGCGCAGAUGAACGUCAACUUGGCCAACGGGUGGGGCAUCGUGCGCACGAUCGUCGACCUGUGCUUCAAGCAGCCCGAGGGCAAGUUUGUCCUCAUGCGCGACCCGAUGAACCCCGUCAUCAAGCUGUACCGUGUCCCGAUGGACGCGUUCGAGCAGGGCGACGACCUUCUCGACGAGAGCGUGCUCGCGUCGGCCGCCGCGUCGGACAACGGCAUCUAG